CGGUUCACUGGUGGCGCUGGUGGCCCGCGUUGUGUUAGCGGCGGAUAUAUAUUUAUUUACUCUAAGUACAUGUAGUUUUUUUUUAACAAAUUCUUUUGGUGGAUAUGAUUAAAAGAUUCGUACGGUUACGAUAUGGAAAACUGACGAAGUGAGUGUUGUUACCGUGUAUUUCUUUUUGUUCGAUAGUUAUCUGGAAUUUCAUAAGUUGCAGCUAUCUCUUAUCUAUGGACUUGAGAACUUGUCAUAUGCAUAUCACAAAUCUGUCAGAUUAGUGACAUGGACGAAGUAAAUUUUGAAGAAAAACAACCAACCGAGCAACGAUGGGACCCAUUAGGUGCUGCGGAUGAUAGUAAAAAUGAAUCUGAGCAAAGAGACGAAAAUUAUGAUCGAUGUGCUGAACAUACCCAUUGUGCAUCUUUGCAGAGACUACAUUCUUUAGAAGAAGACCAUGAAUUCUUAAACUCUUCAUUAUUUGCUCUUACAACACAUUUUGCCCAGGUUCAGUUUCGGCUAAGGCAAAUUGUUGAAGCUAAACCAGAGGAUAAAGAAGAGUUAUUAAAAUCUCUUGAAGAAUUUGCAUUCCGAGGUAUUCCAGAUAUUGAUUUGGUUAAAAAUCAUAUAGAUGAAACAAACUUAGCAAAAGUAGUUAGAAUGCACAGAGUUCAACAACAGGAAUUAAUUACAAAGUUAAAGACUCAGUUGCAUGAAUUGGAGCGGUAUGCAUUUGAGAAUGGUGAGGCUGAAGUUCCACAAGACAUUGUCUUAGAGCGCCAGAGGGUUAUAUUAAAUGAAUUGAAAAAUAAAAUGAAUUUAAAGAUUGAUGAAAGAAAUUACUAUCAGUUAACUCCAGCAGAUGUAAAACAUCAAGUUGAUAUUGCUUUUGGUCAACUAGUGAACCCCUUACGAAUGAAAGAACAGUUAGUAAUGCAGCUAAAAACUCAAGUUGCAGAUCUAGAACGGUUUAUUGACUAUCUUCAAGCAGAUAUUAAAAAACCAAACAAAUGUGCUUGUGGAUGUUCAUUACACAAUGUCAAAAGUACCUUAAGAAAUGACGCCGAUGGAAUUGUACAGCGUACUGCAUCUCUACUACAAAUGUUUGUGAUUUUACAGUUUGAUUCUCAAUUUAGAAAAAAUAAUUUGAGAAAUACAAUGAAAGGAAAUCAUUGGGGGGAUUUAAGAGCCCGAUUGGAAUUAGCAGUGGUAAAAGUUUUGGAAAUGAUAAGGUUUCAUGAAGACCCAAAAGGUUAUGAUAAUGUUGAACUGUCGCCAGUAAAUUAUAGUGGAGAGUUAACAAGAGUUAUUCGUAAAUAUUUAGCUACAAGUAUUCGUGAUCUAAUGCAACAUGGAGUUGUUCAAUCUGGACUCAACCAAAGUCUUGUACCUUUCAUAAGUUGUUUUGCAAAGCGUUCUGUAACUUCAGCUAGUCCUGUACAUGCCUGGGAGAUAAUUGUUGAAUAUUAUCGUUUAAAAAAUGGAGAGAUUUACAACUCUACCCCAGCAAGAAAACUUUCCCAGAGUUUUAAUUUAGAUUUGGAUGGUUCUUUAGCUACCUCAAAUAAGCAAAACUUGCUGGCAGUUAUAGGAAACAUUAUAUCUACACACACACUUUACAAAAGGAGCUAUGAUUCCCAUUUUAAGGCGUUUAUUUGUGCAGCUUUGAAUGCAAACAAAUUGGUCACUUGGUUUAAUUUAAUUUUACAAUGUCAACCUUUAAUAUCUAUGUAUUAUAUGCCGUGGAGUUACGUGGUGAAAACAGGAUUUCGAGACAGUUUCCAAACUUUAGACAAACUCACAAAAUAUAAAUUUGACUUGCCUGUGGAUCUGGCUGUCCAUCAAUUUCAAAAUAUAAAAGAUAUAUUUACAUAAUACAUUAUGAAUACAUUUCAAACCAUUAUUUUGCCUGUA